AAACAGAGAGACUUUUUUCACAGCGUGUAGGAACAAGUGAUUGAGAAACUGGGACAGAAAGUUGAUUUGCAUUCAUUUGCAAAAAAGGAAGCAGGUGACGUGAGGUAAUUGGACAGACAGAUGAUUUACUGAGCGCGAGGAUGCGCGCACUGACAGAUUCAAUGCGUAAUUACUGAGACUUUCAAGAGCCGCGCGCUCGUGUUGCUUUUACGUCGAUGAGGUGUAUACGUAAAGCUUGUGUGCAUGUGUCAGAUCUGGCGAUAGAGUCGAUAUAUCGCUCUUAUUUAAGAUAAACAUAAGCUGAGGAGGAACUUGCAGAACUUUUUUUUGCUCCACUGAAGUAGGACAUAAUGCCUGUUCGACGGGGACACGUUGCGCCUCAAAACACCUUUCUGGACACCAUCAUUCGCAAAUUCGAGGGUCAGAAUCGCAAAUUCAUCAUCGCCAAUGCUCGAGUUGAAAACUGUGCCAUUAUCUUCUGCAAUGAUGGCUUUUGCGGCAUGUGCGGCUACACACGUGCAGAGGUCAUGCAAAAGCCAUGUACGUGCAGUUUUCUGUAUGGACCGCAUACUGGACGACCAGCGAUGGCCCAGAUGGCCAAAGCCUUACUAGGCUCUGAAGAACGGAAGGUGGAGAUCUCCCUGUACAGAAAAGAUGGUGUGUGUUUGCCGUGCCUUGUGGAUGUGGUUCCAGUUAAGAAUGAGGAUGGUGUAGUCAUCAUGUUUAUCCUGAACUUUGAGCUGGCAGAUCAGCCGGACAGACCCAUCGACAGCUCACCGGGCAGAGACAUCAACCACAAACACACCAUCCCCUGGCUCUCUAAAGCAAGAAGACACAGACUCAGGCUGCCUUUGCCCCUGUUGCGCUCCCUGAGUGGCAGUAAACAGUCUCUGCAUGAAGAUUCUGAAAAAGGCUACAUGCAGCCGAUGCCCCAUAUGGGCCAUGAGUCUGUAGCCCUGGACAAACUGCUCUCCCUGCCUGAACGCUCCGCACUUGGGGGAUCUCAGCUGUUGUUGUGGGAAGGUAAGUCUCAAAAUGAGCCUGAAAGUGAGCCACAGACAUCAGAAGCAUCCCCUCCCCUGCCUCAGGGAUUCUCCCAGUCCUCCCCACGUCUGCACAACCUCACCUCAGAGGCCUCUCCGUCCAGCUGCAGCAUGGCCCACAGCCGCUCCUGUGAGAGCCUGUGUGGCAUGCGGCCCUCACCCUCCACCAGUGACUUCAACUGGGACAGGAAGCUGCCCGUCAGACCCAGUAGCACAGGUGCCAUGCACCGCAAAGCCAGCUUACAGAAUGCUACUUCAGACUCGGAUCUCAUUCGGCUCCGGACCUCAGUCCGGGUUCCCCAAAUAUCACACAACUUAAUAGAUAUGAAGCCGGACCCCCUAAUUGCUGUUCCGCCCAGUGAGAUUGACAUCAUCGCCCCCUGCAAACUAAUAGACCGGACCCAUAAUGUGACAGAGAAGGUCACUCAGGUGCUGUCUCUGGGUGCAGAUGUCCUUCCUGAGUAUAAGUUGCAGGCUCCCCGUAUCCACAAAUGGACCAUCUUGCACUACAGCCCCUUCAAGGCAGUCUGGGACUGGGUCAUCUUGCUACUGGUCAUCUAUACAGCAAUCUUCACACCUUAUUCAGCUUCUUUCCUGCUCAGCGAUGAGGAAGAGGCUGCCAUGCAGCGCUGCGGUUACUCCUGCAGUCCGCUGAACGUGGUGGACCUCAUUGUGGAUAUCAUGUUCGUAGUGGACAUUGUGAUUAACUUUCGCACAACCUACGUAAACAGCAAUGACGAAGUGGUCAGUCAGCCUGGCCGAAUAGCCGUCCACUAUUUUAAAGGCUGGUUCCUCAUUGACAUGGUGGCUGCCAUUCCCUUUGACUUGCUCAUUUAUCGUUCAGGAGAAGAGACGACGACUCUGAUUGGCCUACUGAAGACAGCUCGGCUGCUGCGAUUAGUGCGUGUGGCACGUAAACUCGAUCGCUACUCUGAGUAUGGAGCUGCAGUGCUCUUUCUCCUCAUGUGCACCUUUGCACUUAUCGCCCACUGGCUGGCCUGCAUCUGGUAUGCUAUUGGGAACGUGGAGAGGAGCAGUCAAUCUCGCAUUGGUUGGCUUGAUUCUUUGGGUGAUCAGCUGGGGAAGCCGUAUAAUGAAACGAGUCCUGGAUCAGGACCCUCGAUUAAAGAUAAAUAUGUCACUGCCCUCUACUUCACCUUCAGCAGCCUCACCAGCGUGGGCUUUGGAAACGUCUCCCCAAACACCAAUUCUGAGAAGAUCUUUUCUAUCUGUGUCAUGCUUAUUGGAGCACUGAUGUAUGCUAGCAUAUUUGGAAAUGUGUCAGCCAUCAUCCAGAGGCUGUACUCUGGCACCGCACGUUACCACACUCAGAUGCUACGGGUUCGGGAAUUUAUCCGUUUCCACCAGAUCCCCAACCCACUCAGGCAAAAACUGGAAGAGUACUUUCAGCAUGCUUGGUCCUACACUAACGGCAUUGACAUGAAUGCUGUGCUGAAGGGGUUCCCAGAGUGCUUACAGGCAGACAUCUGUUUGCAUCUGAAUCGAACAUUGCUGCAGAACUGUAAAGCUUUCAAGGGUUCCACUAAAGGCUGCUUGCGUGCUUUGGCUAUGAAGUUCAAGACCACACACGCCCCACCAGGAGACACCUUGGUCCAUGCUGGCGAUGUGAUUUCAGCGCUGUACUUCAUUUCUCGUGGCUCCAUUGAGAUCUUAAAGGGAGAUGUGGUAGUGGCCAUUUUAGGCAAGAAUGAUAUAUUCGGAGAGCCCAUUAACUUAUAUGCGCGUCCUGGAAAGUCAAGUUCUGAUGUGAGAGCACUGACGUACUGUGACCUGCACAAAAUCCACAGAGAAGAUGUACUGGAGGUCUUGGACAUGUAUCCAGAGUUCUCAGACUACUUCUGGAGCAACCUGGAGAUCACCUUCAAUUUGAGAGACACUAACACUAAAGCCGGGUCAAUGAGCAGUGACCCUGAUGAUUCUGACCACGGCUGUCUUGAUCAUCACACGCGAAGAGCAAAGCUGUUCUUUCAUUCCAAAAGAAACUCCAUCCCACAAGUAGCAGAUACAGAGUGGACAGAAGACAAACUCAAUAGGAUGACUCUCCAAACACAGAAUUCAAGCAAACAGCACGAGGACAGACAAGCCACUCAUCGAGAGCCGGACAUCUUUGCUUCCCAGUCCAGCAGUGAUGAAGAGGAAGAGACUCAACGGCCCACUACGAUAAUGGACUGCUCUCAGAGCCAUAUCACUAGUGUCAGCAAUGCUAAUAGAGACAAGAACCUCAACACCAGUAACUCUUUCAGUGCGCUGUCAGGAGCUCUUGCGGGGGUUUCUAACGUCUUCAGCUUUUGGGGGGACAGUCGUGGCCAUCAGUACCAGGAAGUACCCAGCCACAGCAUGUCUUUCCCCUCAUCUUCGGUUCCCUCCAAUACUGUCCUGCAAAAUGUCACCCAUCGUCAUUGCACUGAGGUAGAGAACAGACUGGAAAUGAUGCAUAGACAGCUCCACCGAUUGGAAAAGCGCAUGUCAACAGACAUUGGGGCCAUAAUGCAGUUGCUUCAGAGGCAGAUGGUGCUGGUUCCACCAGCCUACAGCUCUGUGACGUCCCCUAUAGAAGCAUCUCCAAAUCCACCAAAACCAGGCCAGAAACUGGUCCAGCCUGUCAACCCUUUAGAGACAGAAACGCCAGCCAUUUUCUCUGAGAUACUUGAUCCCCACGACUUUGCUGGCAGUCCCAUAAAAUCCACUGAAAGUCUGUCUGGUGCAAUGGAGCUCCAGCUCCUGGACUGUUCCUCACAGCCCUCCUCUUCUGGGGCUUAUACAGGGAGGUGGCCACAUAGCAUGAGCCACAACGCAGGGAGCGUCCCUCGUGAUUUUACAGCCCACACUGAUCGCCAACAAAUAGCCGAUCAAGGUGGUUAUCAUUUAUUAGAUGCAGAGCCUAUUGGAACUGUUCACCAUCCACAGGCUGGACUGAGGUCAGAUUUGGAGUGUUCAAGACGCCUGUCAUUGCCAACGCAACAUCAGGUAGAAGAUGAUUCCGCAAUCCAAAAAAAACAUGGCUCUGAUCCUAGGUGUUAAGCAAGAAACUUUUUUUCAGCAUCUCUCAGUGGAAAACAAUGCAUACAACCUGAUGGACCACCACAAUGUUGGCAGGAUGUUUUGAAGACCUUCCAAAUCAGGUUCAUAUUAAUUACCUCAGAAAGUCUAACGUAGAGGCAUCGUCAGUGUCCCUGUAGUUUGGUACUUUUGUGUUAGCUGGUCUAACGAUACUCGUUGUUUUUACCUGCCUCUCACUGAAAACGUUUUCUUUUAUGAAAGUGUUCACUUGUUAUAUUGAGGUGUAAAUGUAAUGAUUUGCAUUAGCAUAUCAGUUUUUUAACAGUGCGGUUUUGUGUUGAAUUGGUGAUUGUUUGUUUGGAGAAAAGAUCUUGGACAUACUGUAGCAAUACACUGGAAAGGCCCAUCAGAGUAUGAUUUAAAUGGUCAUUUGGAACUUUAUCUCAGGAGGAAGAACCCCAAGCUCAUCUCGAGUAGCCCAAAUACCUCAGAGUGAGUGAAUCCAGGGAACAAUGGUGAAUCCUGCUGAAUAACAUGCCAGUAAUUUACAUGAAAGCAUGUGUUUAUUUUUUUCAAGCCAUCCACUGCACAGAUUUUCCCAUGACAAUAUUUUAUCACUCUAAAUAUAUAAUCAUCAGUUUGGCCAAAGGGUCAAAAUGUGAUUUAGACAGAUUAUGAUUGAAAAUCCAUUUUGAAUACAAUCCAUAUCACUAUUAGUGUUGAAAUAUACAUAUAUAAUCAGCUGCCACUGGUUCAAGCCAAACACAUCCAGUAGUAAGCCAUAUAUAAAUGUGCUAGAAAGACAUUUAUAGGGAAUGCGGUAUUAGACAGAGUAUAGCUUGGAAUGUUCAAAUGUAAUAUAACAUGUAAUUUAUUGCAAUCUUGAGUAGGAAUAUUUAUUGUUAGCUUACUAUAAAUUGAUUAUUGUGCACAUUUUAUCUCCUAUGAACUUGUAAUCACAUUCACACUGAAUAAAAUCAUUCACAAAAUUCACAA